AAGGUCAGCCCCGGCGUGUGUGUGUCAUGGCUGCCGCUCGGGAGCGGAUUGACCUGAUUCGGAAUCGUGUCGUUCUGAAGGAAUUUGGGAUCCAGAAUGUUCAUACCACUGAUUUCCCAGGAAAUUACCCCGGCUACGACGACUCGUGGGACCAGCAGCGGUUUGAGGAGAAUUUCAGGAUUGAUAUUAUUCGGCUGGAGGAAGAUACGCUCGAGUUUGACAUGGUUGGAAUUGAUGCUGCGAUUGCAAACGCCUUCCGCAGGAUCCUGCUUGCUGAGGUCCCAACUAUGGCUGUGGAGAAGGUAUUUAUCUACAACAACACCUCCAUUGUACAGGAUGAGAUUCUGGCACAUAGACUGGGGCUCAUCCCCAUCAAAGCAGACCCACGGCUGUUUGAGUACAGAAGCACAGGGGAUGAAGAAGGAACCGAGAUUGACACGCUUCAGUUUCAACUUAAAGUGAAGUGUACAAGAAAUCCAAAAGCGCAAAAAGAUUCCUCUGAUCCUGAUGAGCUGUAUUUUAAUCAUAGAGUCUACUCGAAGCAUAUGAAGUGGGUACCAAUAGGAAACCAGGCUGACCUCUUUGGGCAGGUUGACAUCCGACCUGUUCACGAUGAUAUCCUGAUUGCUCAGCUCCGCCCAGGCCAGGAACUCGAUGUGGUCAUGCACUGUGUGAAAGGAAUCGGUAAAGACCACGCCAAAUUUUCUCCUGUUGCCACAGCAAGCUAUCGCCUUCUCCCUGAUAUAACUUUGCUGAGCCCUGUGGAAGGAGAUCUGGCAGACAAACUAAAACACUGCUUCUCCCCCGGUGUCAUUGAAGUUCACACAGUGAAUGGGAGAAAAUUCGCAACAGUUGCAAAUCCUCGCUUGGACACCUGUAGUCGUGAGAUUUUCCGCCAUGAUGACCUUAAGAACCUCGUCCGUCUUGGCAGAGUUCGCAAUCACUACAUCUUUUCAGUAGAGUCCACAGGAAUUCUUCUCCCCGAUGUACUGGUGUCUGAAGCCUUGAAAGUGUUGAUGACAAAAUGCAGAAAAUUUUUGAAUGAACUGGAUGCAGUACAGGUGGAGUGAAUGUUGCAAGCAGAUCCAGUUGUGUCUGGAUUGAGAACACUUUGAGGAGUGACUUUACCAUGGGCAGAAGUGGCAGUGAAAACCUGAUCACAGACUAAUUGUGUUCCAGCAUCAUUGACUGAAGUCGUCAUUCACUUCCCCCAGCGUUAUCGAGGAUUAACACUCACAUGAGGCAGCCUGCCAAACACAGCAGCAGUCAUCUCUGACCUUGUGUCAUGCACCUGAAUUUUUCCCAAAUAUUUAUCCCCACACGGGUGUGUAUAUAUGAUACAGUAUUAAAGAAUGAAUACCUCAA